GGUCACGCGCAAGCGUAGACUGAGAAAACGGGCUCUAUGUAAUAGUGUCAAUUAACUUUUAAAGCAGGAAGCGCAACAAGCCACUUCCGGGGAGGGAAAGCCGCUCUCACCUGUGUGCAAUAUGGAUGCUGCCAGCGAAACCGAAGAGCUGGUUUCUGGGGAAGUGUUGUCCAUCGCCCAUGCGCUUUCUCUCCCCGCCGAGUCAUAUGGCAAUGACCCUGAUAUUGAAAUGGCUUGGGCCAUUCGAGCAAUGCAGCAUGCUGAAGUCUAUUACAAACUGAUAUCAUCAGUUGACCCACGGUUCCUGAAACUCACCAAAGUAGAUGACCAGAUCUACUCUGAGUUCCGUGAAAAUUUUGAGAAGCUCAGGGUAGAUGUGUUAGACCCAGAAGAACUCAAAUCAGAAUCAGCUAAAGAGAAAUGGAGGCCAUUCUGCUUAAAGUUUGAAGGGAUCAUAGAAGACUACAACUAUGGUACUUUGUUGCGACUGGAUUGUUCCCAGGGCUACACUGAGGAAAAUACCAUCUUUGCACCAAGGAUUCAAUUUUUUGCAAUUGAAAUUGCUCGGAACCGGGAAGGCUAUAACAAAGCAGUUUCCAUCAGUGUUCAGGACAAAGAAGGAGAGAAAGGAGCUGACAAUAAAGAAGAGGAAGCUGAGAAAGGAGCUGAUAGUGGAGGAGAAAAAGAGGAAGGAGUCAACAGAGAAGGAGAAAAGUAGAAAACUAACCAGGGAGGAGUAAAAGAAAGCCAAGAAACAUGGCUCAGCUGAACCCACAAGUAUCAGAUGCUAUGGGCAUGGACACCUUUGAUUAAAUGAUUGCCCUUGCACAAAUGGAAGACUCAGAAGGACAUCUUUCUAGCUAGUAAGAGAAGCUGCUCUGGGCAUAAUGGCCGAAAACACAAUAGUGGAGUCUCUUAGAUAAUUGCUUGAUACCAUGUUGCUUGUCACCCUGUAAUUGUUGAAGUACAACAUUUUGUAAAUAAAUCCUUUUGGUUUGUAUUAGAUAUGACUCAUUUUAGAAAGUAUUUACAUUUAUUUGACCCUUUCAAACAUUUCAUAUAUAUAUAUAAUAUAAUCACUGUAUCUCAUAUAUAAAACUGUUUGUUACUUUUUCUCACUGUUCUCAGUAAUGAAGUUCUCAACCUGUUAGCUUGGUACCUGACACCGGGAUUAGAAGUUCUUACAUAAAAAUUGACUCUUAGCCAAACCUAGUACAUCAUACCUGGGAGGCUGAGGUAAGAGAAUUGCAUGCCUUUGAGGUCAGCCAGAGCUAUAGAGUGAGACUGCCUCAAAAAUAAAUUGCUUAAAAAGAA